UAGGUCCCCAAGGUUCAGAGGCGCGCGGUAUGGGUACCGAGAAUGAAAGCCCAGAACAGGACUGCCAGAAACAGUUCCAGGCCGCAGUCAGUGUCAUUCAGAACCUGCCUAAGAAUGGCUCUUACCGCCCCUCCUACGAAGAGAUGCUGAGAUUCUAUAGCUACUACAAGCAAGCUACCAUGGGGCCCUGCCUCGUCCCCCGGCCUGGGUUCUGGGACCCAAUAGGACGAUAUAAGUGGGAUGCCUGGAACAGCCUGGGCAAGAUGAGCAGGGAGGAGGCCAUGUCUGCCUACAUCACUGAGAUGAAGCUGGUGGCACAGAAGGUGAUCGACACAGUGCCCCUGGGCGAGGUGGCAGAGGACAUGUUUGCUUACUUCGAGCCCCUGUACCAGGUGAUCCCUGAUAUGCCGAGGCCCCCGGAAACCUUCCUGAGAAGGGUCACAGGUUGGAAAGAGCAGGCACUGAAUGGAGACGCCAGGGCUGCCCCAGAGCUUCCCUGCCCCCCCAGGGAACCAGCACUCCCAAAUCCAGAGUCCCAGCCACCUAGGGACCUGGACUCCGAGGUUUUCUGUGAUUCCCUGGAGCAGCUGGAACCUGAGCUGGUCUGGACAGAGCAGAAGGGAGCCCCUGGAGGAGAGCCUGACACCAGAAACAGCUCCCUGCUCCCCGCAGAGAAAGAGGGCAGCCCGCUGGGGCCCCAGGAAUUGGACACGUGGCUGGUGGGGACAGUUCGGGCGCUGCAGGAGAGCAUGCGGGAUGUCCAGGGUAGACUGCAGAACCUGGAGAGCCUGCCCAGCGUCGUCGAGCAGCAGAGGACCCCGCCCGGUGCCCGGCCAUGGCCCCUCAGGCUCUCGGGUCCCACGCUGCUCUUCUUCCUCCUGUGGCCCUUCAUCGUCCAGUGGCUCUUCCGACAGUUUCGGACCCAGAAGAGGUGACUCUCAGUGGAGGGGUCUCU